AUGCAACAUUUGUUUAAGCUGGUAGAGGAUUCAAAUUAUGUUUAUUGGAGUAGGAAAAAAGACGAGUCAGAAGUUGUGAGAGAUAUCUUCUGGGCCCACCCAGAAUCAGUGAAGUUGUUGAAUAUGUUUCCUAAUGUGUUGAUUAUGGAAAGUACGUACAAGACAAAUAAGUAUGCACAACCUUUGUUUGAAGUAGUUGGUAUGACAUCAACUGAGUUAACAUUUGUUGUUGCAUUUGCCUAUAUGGAAUCUGAGCAAACAGAUAAUUUUUCUUGCUUAUUGUAUAAGUUGAAACUGUUGUUUACUAAGCAAGGGUUAUGGCCAUAUAUGAUUUUAACUGAUAGAGAUAUUUUUUUGAUGAAAGCAAUUGAAACAAAAAUUCCAAAGACAAUUAAUUUACUUUGUCGAUUGGGCAUCAACAAAAAUGUGAAAGCAAAGUGCAAGGAGUAUGUUGUGAAUGAUAUGCGAGAGCCGAUAGAGAAACUAUGGUAUGAACUUGUAAGGGCUAAUGAUGAGUUGGAGUACCAUCGACAGUUGCAACAACUUGAGCACACAUGCAUAGAUUUGUUGGAGCUUGGAUCAACCAAGUGUUGCAUUUGGGCAACACCUCGACUAAUAGUAUCAAGAGCUGCUUUGAGACACAUUGCUGAGGAGUGGUUAAGGGUUGACAUGAUGGGUACAAACACCCAAAUGUGUGGGUGUACUCAUAGAAAGGUAUACGGGUUACCUUGUGCUUGUGAGUUAAGGACAGACACAUUGAAUGGUGAAACAAUACCAUUUGAUGUUAUUCAUAUUCGUUGGAGAAGGCUAAGCAUGAAAGGUGAACAAGAGGUAGAUACAAAGGAUGGAUCAGAGGUGGACAUGACCAAUGCAAUUGAUGCACUAUGGAAAAGGUUCAGGUCACUAGAUGUUGUAGUAAAAAGAGAACUAAAAAGAAGGGUGUGUGAGAUUUCUUACCCCACUAUAACAAGGAUGUGUCCACCACCUGAAAAAAUAAAAACCAAAGAAUGGGUAAGGAUUAGAGGGAAGAAACCUAUGGGAUAUGAUAUUUAUCGUGAUCCUCCAUAUCAUGAGUAUAUUGAUCAAGCAAACUUCAAAAAAUCUUUAAAGAGGUCAUGUUCACAGUUAUCCCAAACCUUAAAGAAGAAAUAA